GCGCAGUGGCUCCGAGCGGGCGGUUGCUUGUUGGUUGUUGUAGUAACGGGGGAAGCAGCCGUCGGCGGCGGCGGUGAGCCCGGCUGGGGAAGGAGGAGGGAGGUAGGCGCAGAGCGCGGUCCCCGCCGGCCCGCCCGAAGCCAUGGGAAGAUGAGACAGGAAUCAGUGCCACCUAAAUUGUUUGAUCCAGUGAAUCUGCAAGGAAAGGUCUCUGAGGCCACCGUCUGCUGACUGCAUGACAAACCCUAAAGGAAAUGCCAGUCGUGAUGGCCCGGGACCUGGAAGAAACAGCAUCAUCCUCAGAGGAUGAGGAGGUGGUAAGCCAAGACUGUAGGGAUCAUCCGUGUAUCAUGUGGACUGGAGGCUGCCGGAGAAUUCCAGUUUUGGUGUUCCAUGCUGAGGCUAUUCUGACAAAGGACAACAAUAUUCGAGUAAUUGGAGAACGUUAUCAUUUGUCUUACAAAAUUGUGCGAACAGAUAGUCGCCUGGUACGCAGCAUUCUGACAGCCCAUGGAUUUCAUGAAGUUCACCCAAGCAGCACUGACUAUAACCUAAUGUGGACAGGAUCCCACCUGAAGCCCUUCUUACUUCGCACCCUCUCUGAAGCACAAAAGGUUAAUCACUUUCCCAGGUCCUAUGAACUAACCCGGAAAGACCGACUGUACAAAAACAUCAUUCGAAUGCAGCAUACACAUGGGUUCAAGGCUUUUCACAUCCUCCCUCAGACCUUCCUUCUGCCAGCCGAGUAUGCGGAAUUCUGUAAUUCAUAUUCAAAGGACCGGGGACCUUGGAUAGUAAAACCAGUGGCCUCUUCUAGGGGGCGGGGUGUCUACCUGAUCAACAAUCCGAACCAGAUUUCCCUGGAGGAGAACAUCCUGGUCUCCCGUUACAUUAACAACCCCCUGCUUAUAGACGAUUUCAAGUUUGAUGUGCGCCUCUACGUGCUUGUGACUUCCUAUGAUCCUCUUGUUAUCUAUCUCUAUGAAGAAGGAUUGGCUAGGUUUGCAACUGUGCGGUAUGAUCAAGGAGCCAAGAACAUUCGGAACCAGUUCAUGCACCUGACAAACUAUAGUGUGAAUAAGAAGAGUGGAGACUAUGUCAGCUGUGAUGAUCCAGAGGUGGAGGAUUAUGGGAACAAGUGGAGCAUGAGUGCCAUGCUGAGGUAUCUGAAACAGGAAGGCAGAGAUACAACUGCAUUGAUGGCCCAUGUGGAAGACCUGAUUAUUAAGACUAUAAUCUCUGCUGAACUAGCUAUUGCUACAGCCUGUAAAACCUUUGUUCCUCACCGCAGCAGUUGUUUUGAACUCUAUGGCUUUGAUGUGCUCAUAGAUUCUACUCUGAAGCCAUGGUUGUUGGAAGUAAAUCUCUCCCCUUCUUUGGCCUGUGAUGCACCUCUGGACCUAAAGAUUAAAGCCAGUAUGAUUUCAGAUAUGUUCACUGUAGUAGGAUUUGUGUGCCAGGAUCCUGCCCAGAGGGCAUCAACCCGGCCAAUUUAUCCCACCUUUGAGUCUUCCAGGCGAAACCCUUUCCAGAAACCUCAGCGUCCAGUGUCUGCACAGUGUCAGUCCUCAGAUGCCAAACUGCGUUCCCGUCCACUCUCUGCCAGUGAUGCGGAAAUGAAAAACCUUGUGGGCUCAGCCCGAGAGAAGGUGCCGGGGAAGUUAGGUGGUUCUGUGCUUGGUCUGUCAAUGGAGGAGAUCAAAGUUUUACGGAGAGUGAAGGAAGAAAAUGAUCGGAGAGGUGGAUUUAUUCGCAUAUUCCCUACAUCAGAGACAUGGGAAAUAUAUGGGUCCUACCUCGAACACAAGACCUCCAUGAACUAUAUGCUGGCAACACGUCUCUUCCAGGACAGGGGAAACCCAAGAAGAAGCUUAUUGACAGGAAGAACACGACUAGCUGCUGAUGGAGCACCAGAACUAAAAGUAGAGAGUAUGAAUUCAAAGGCCAAGCUGCAUGCUGCUCUCUAUGAGAGGAAGCUCCUGUCUUUGGAGGUGCGGAAACGUCGAAGACGCAGCAGCAGAUUGAGGGCAAUGAGGCCAAAAUACCCAGGUACCUGCUGCAACAUUAGUGAUUCUUCGCAUUUAGUGAUCACUCAGCCAGCUGAAAUGAAUGUUAAAACUGAGACAGAGAGCGAAGAGGAGGAAGAAGUCGCAUUAGACAAUGAAGAUGAAGAACAGGAGGCUUCCCAGGAGGAAUCUGCAGGGUCCCUUGGAGAAAAUCAAGCCAAAUACACCCCCUCAUUGACUGUUAUGGUAGAAAAUUCACCCAAAGAAAAUGCCAUGAAAGUUUCUGAAUGGAAUAAUAAAAGUGAACAGUGCUACAAAAUUGAGACUCAGGAGCCAGAGCCUAAAUUUAACCUGAUGCAGAUUCUGCAAGAUAACGGCAAUCUUAGCAAAGUGCAGGCCCGAAUAGCAUUCUCUGCCUAUCUCCAGCAUGUUCAAAUUCGCCUGAUGAAGGACAGUGGAGGUCAAACGUUCAGUGCCAGUUGGGCUGCCAAAGAGGAUGAACAGAUGGAGCUAGUGGUUCGCUUCCUUAAACGAGCGUCCAGUAACCUCCAGCACUCACUGAGGAUGGUAUUACCCAGUCGACGAUUGGCACUUCUGGAACGCAGAAGAAUCUUGGCCCACCAACUGGGUGAUUUUAUUAUUGUAUACAACAAGGAAACAGAACAGAUGGCUGAAAAGAAAUCGAAGAAGAAACUUGAAGAAGAAGAGGAAGAUGGGGUGAAUACAGAAAACUUUCAGGAGUUCAUCAGACAAGCAAGUGAGGCUGAACUGGAGGAGGUGUUGACUUUUUAUACCCAAAAAAACAAGUCUGCAAGUGUCUUCCUGGGGACUCACUCAAAAAGUUCUAAAAACAGCAACAGUUAUUCUGAUAGCGGGGCAAAGGGUGAUCACCCUGAGACGAUGGCCGACGUGAAAAUAAAGCAGCCCAAACAGCAGCAGGCCACAGACAUUCACUGUGAUAAAUUAUCUCGAUUUACCACUUCAGCAGACAAAGAGGCUAAAUUAGUCUAUACAAAUUCUUCCUCCGCUUCUUUCUCUGGUCCUGUUGUUACUCUUCUGCAGAAAAUUCCCAGUACCCACUUGUCAUCUAUUAUUACAACCUCUGACCUCUCAUCAGGGCCCGGCCACCAUUCUUCUUUCUCUCAGAUUCCUCCAGCUAUCCCCAGCAUGUCUCACCAGCCAGCAGGUUUACUGAGCACAGCCCCUGACAGUGCCUCUCCCUCCAUACAUCCUGGGACACAGAACGCACCGAGCCCUGCUGGUCUGCCGCGCUGUCGAUCAGGCAGUCACACCAGUGGCCCUUUUUCCUCUUUCCAAAGUGCUGCCCACAUCUAUAGCCAGAAACUGUCUCGUCCCUCUUCAGCAAAGGCAGCAGGUUCAUGCCAUCCGAACAAGCUACACUCGGGAAUGGCUAAACCACAAAGAGAGGGAGAAGAUGGUUCUCCGUACAGCAGACGGUAUAACCCAAGCAUGGUCACGGCCGAGCUCCAGCGACUGGCUGAGAAGCAGGCAGCCAGGCAGUAUUCCCCAUCUACUCACAUCAGUCUCCUCACCCAGCAGGUAACAAACCUGAAUUUGGCAAGUGGCGUCAUAAACAGAAGCAGUGCUUCAACCCCCCCCACCCUUCGGCCUGUCAUCAGUCCUAGUGGCCCGACAUGGUCAAUACAGUCAGACCCCCAAGCUCCUGAGAGCCACUCCACCCCUCCUGGAAGCAGGAGCCUUCAGACAGGAGGCUUUGCCUGGGACGGAGAGGUAGAAAACAAUGCGUAUAGCAAGGCUACGGGGGUGGUCCCUCAGCACAAGUAUCACCCCACAGCGGGCAGUUACCAGCUCCAUUUUGCCCUGCAGCAACUUGAACAACAAAAACUUCAGUCCCGGCAGCUUCUGGACCAGAGUCGAGCCCGGCACCAGGCCAUCUUUGGCAGCCAGGCACUCUCUAACUCCAGUUUGUGGACAAUAAAUAAUGGUGCAGCUUGCAGAAUUUCAAGUGCCACAGCUAGUGGCCAGAAGCCAACCACUCUGCCACAAAAAGUGGUGCCACCUCCAAGUUCUUCCUCCUCGCUGGUCCCCAAGCCCCCAGCCAAUCACAAACAAGUCCUCAGAAAGACGACAUCCCAGAGGGCCUCCAAAGGCUCCUCCACAGAAGGGCAGCUGAACGGACUCCAGAGCAGCUUUAACGCUGCGGCCUUUGCGCCCAUCACCAGCUCCGCAGGUUUUGCUCACAGUACAGCUGCUUCAGAAACUGAGAGAGCUUAUUAAUGACCCCUGUUUCAUUUAAAGAAAAGCUUCCUUGUACUUCAGGUCUUUGCUGAGAUUCUCCAAAAAGAAUACAGCUGGAGCCUGGUAGUAAUGAGUCAGAGAAUUUUAAACAGGAUGUAAAACUAGCAAUAAAUAACAAAGCUAUAAAUACAAAUAAAGUAAUCAAGACAGUGUGGCAUAGGACAGAUCAAUGGACUGGAAUUGAGUGUCCAAAAAUAAAUGCACACGUGCAUGGCCAGUUGCUUUUCCACAAAGGUGCCGAGAAGAGAGAAUGGUCUUUUCAACUUAUGGUUGAAGAGACUGGUGGUACUGGAACAAUUGGUUAUCCACAUGCAAAAGAAUGAAGUGGGGUUCCUUCCUCAUACCAUACACAAAAUGAACUCAAAAUUGAUAAAAGAUCUCAAUGUAAGGGCUAAAACUAUAAAAUUCCUGGAAGAAACAUAGGAGUAAAUCUUCAAGUCCUUGGAUUAGGCAACAAUUUCUUAGAUACGACAUCAAAAAGCACAAGCAACAACAAUUAAAUGGGUGUCGGACAUCAUCAAAAUUCAAAAAUCAUGUGCUUCAAAAGGUGCCACCAAGGCGUCACAAUUCCGGACUUCCAGCUCUAUUACAAAGCUGUCAUCAUACAGCAUGGUAGUGGCACAAAAACAGACACAUAGGUCAACGGGACAGAGUAGAGAGCCCAGAAAUGGACCCUCAACUCUAUGGUCAACUAAUCUUCGACAAAGCAGGAAAGAAUGUCCAAUGGAAAAAAGAGAGUCUCUUCAACAAAUGGUGUUGGGAAAAUUGGACAAACACAUGCAGAAGAGUGAAACCGGACCAUUUUCUUACACCACACACAAAAAUAAACUCAAAAUGGAUGAAAGAUCUAAAGGUGAGACAGGAAUCCAUCAGAAUCCUAGAGGAGAACACAGGUAGCAACCUCUUUGGCCUUGGCUGCAGGAAUUUCUUGCUAGACAUGUCUCCAAAGACAAGGCAAACAAAGGCAAAAAUGAACUGUCAGGACUUCCUCAAGAUAAAAAGCUUUUGCACAGUAAAGGAAACAGUCUAUAAAACCAAAAGACAACCGACAGAAUGGGAGAAGAUAUUUGCAAAUGACAUAUCAGGUAAAGGGCUAGUAUCCAAAAUCUAUAAAGAACUUAUCAAACUCAACACCCAAAGAACAAAUAAUCCAGUCAAGAAAUGGGUAGAAGACAUGAACAGACAUUUUUCCAAAGAAGACAUACGAAUGGCCAACAGAUACAUGAAAAAAGGCUCAACAUCACUCGGCAUCAGGGAAAUACAAAUCAAAACCUCAAUGAGAUACCACCUCACACCAGUCAGAAUGGCUAAAAUUAACAAGUCAGGAAACAACAAAUGUUGGCGAGGAUGUGGAGAAAGGGGAACCCUCUUACACUGUUGGUGGGAAUGCAAACUGGUGCAGCCACUCUGGAAAACAGCAUGGAGGUUCCUCAAAAAGUUAAAAAUAGAGCUACCCUAUGACCCAGCAAUUACACUACUAGGGAUUUACCCCAAAGAUACAAAUGUAGUGAUCUGAAGGGGCACCUGCACCCCAAUGUUUAUAGCAACAAUGUCCGCAAUAGCCAAACUAUGGCAAGAGCCCAGAUGUCCAUUGACAGCUGAAUGGAUAAAGAAGAUCUGGUGUAUGUGUGUAUAUAUAUAUACACACAUAUAUAUAUACACACAAUGGAAUACUACUCAACCAUCAAAAAAAAAAAAAGAAAUCUUGCCAUUUGCAAUGACGUGGAUGGAGAGUAUUAUGCUAAGUGAAGUAAGUCAGUCAGAGAAAGACAAUUAUCAUUUGAUUUCACUCAUACGUGGAAUUUAAGAAACAAAACAAGAGCAUAGGGGAAGGGAGGGAAAAAUAAAACAAGACUAAAUCAGAGAGGGAGACAAAUCAUAAGAGACUCUUAAUCAUAGGAAACCAACUGAGGGUUGCUGGAGGGGAAGGUGGUGGGGGUAUGGGGUAACUGGGUGAUGGGCAUUAAUGAGGGCACUUGAUGUAAUGAGCACUGGGUGUUACAUGAGACUGAUAAAUCACUGAACUCUACCUCUGAAACUAAUAAUACACUAUAUGUUAAUUAAUUGAAUUUAAAUAAAAUAAAAUUUAAAAAAAGGUGCCAUCAAGAAAGUGAAAAGACAGCCUAUCAAAUAAAAUAUUUGCAAGUUAUAUAUCUGGCAAGGGACUUAACUCCAGAAUAUGUACAUAUCUCAUACAGCUCAACAUAAAAAGACAGAUAACCCUAUUUAAAAAAAUGAGCAAAGCAUUUGGACAUUCCUCCAAAGAAGAUAUACAAAUGGACAAUAAGCACCUGAAAAGCUGCAUCAUUAGGCAUUAGGGAAACUCAAAUAAGAACCCCAGCGAAAUGCCACUUCAUACCCACUAGCUGGUUGUAAUCAAGACAGAUAACCAGUAAGUGUCGUUGAGGAUAUGGAGACUGGAACUCUCAUGCUUUGCUGGUGGGAACGUAAGAUGGUACAACAGCUUUGGAAAGAGACUGGCAGUGUCUCAAACAGUUAAACAUAGAGUUACCAUAUGGCCCAGCUGUUUGACUCCUAAAUGUAUAUCUAGGAGAAAUGAAAACACUGUCUACAUGAAAACUGUACAUGGGGUGCCUGGCUGGCUCAAUCAGUAGAGCAUGUGACUCUUGAUCUAAGGGUUGUGAGUUAAAGCCCCACAUUGGGUGUCGAGCCUACUUAAAAAAAAAAAAAAAAAAAACUUCUCCCUCUCCCUGCCCCCCCCCGUGCUCCCCACUUGUGCUCUCUCUUGCUCUUUCUCUCAAAUAAAUAAAUAAAAUCUUAAAAACUGUACAUGAGUAUUCCUAGCAGCAUUCCUCAACAGCCAAAAUGUGGAAACAACCUAAACAUCUAUCAGAUAAUGAAUGGAUAAACUGUGGUAUAUCCAUGCAAAGAAUACUAUUCAGCCAUCAAAAAGAAUGAAGUACUGAUACAGGCUACAACAUGGAUGGACCUUGGAAAUGUAAAGCCAUCACAUAUUGACUGAUUCUGUUUAUGUGAAAUGUCCAGAAGAGGCAAAUCCAUAGAGACAGAAAGUAUAUGGUUGCCUAGGGCUAGGUGGGGAGAAGAGGGUUUGGGGAGUGGCUGCCAAUAGGCAUAGGGGUUUCUUUUUGGGGUAAUCACAAUAUUCUAAAAUUAGAUUGUGGUGAUGGUUACACUAAAGACCCCUGAGCUAUACGUUUGAAGUGUGCGAAUUUUAUUAGUAUGUGAAAUAGAUCUCAAAUCUUAGAAAAGGUAAUAGUUGAUAUCUAAAAGGUAAAAAGACAAAAAGCCUUCAGUGUAAGCAGUCAAAUUGUAUUUACUUUUUAGAUAACCAGAUUUUUAGUAAGUGCUUAUUUAGUGCCUGCAGUUCAUUAUGUCGGCAAAUGUUUGUCCCCUUUGUAGGGGUGUGCUGUAGGGUCAUGAGCAGAAAGAUGCCUGCGCCCAGCUUUGCCCCUGGUCUUUGUGCCUGGGGGAUAGCAGCUGUCCCUGGGCCUGGCCUCUUUUGCUUUUUUCCCCGUUUGGGAAGGUGUCAGGCUCCAGAGCAUUUCUGUGGCUUUAGUCAGCGCAGAGCAAGGGGGACCUUAACUAUAGUUUCAGAGCCUUAAGCUUCCCCUCGUGCUCCAAAUCCAAAACAGAGCAGCUGAGAAUGGGGCUAGCGAGGCCGCCAAUUGCUUCAGUCCCAUUGUUAAUCCCCCUAAUUCUGCCAUCCACCAGCACCGCUCCCUCCACACUGUCAUGUUGCCCGCUUGUGAUAGGAGGGAACAAGUGGUUUGGCUUUGAAAGGUGAUUCUUCGAGACACCUCAAGUGACCCAGCCCCUGGCUUGCCGGGAUGCUCUUGACAUUCGUUGCCAUGGGGCACCGGAAGUCUCUGGCCAAAGCACACUUGCCAGUCAAGCCCGGCCUGAAGAGACAGUAACCUCUCCUGACUCCC